AUGACGUCAGAUGACCUUAGUUGGAUGGCUGCUUUAAAAUUUCGUCUGGCACGGUCUAAUUUUCUUCGCUCAGCUAUUUUCGUCGUAGUUAGAUACUUCUCCACUGUCGGGAUGGACGGCAUGGUUCUGGCGGUCAGUCGUUCACCGCUAGAGCGUCUCGAGUUUGACAACGUCGUACUCAAGAAACUUCUGCUGGAUACAUCAGAAGAGCCUGGACCGUGAAGGGUGGAAAGAGCCUGUUUCUCCCGAGUAAAGCCGCAGCCAGUGGUCAAGCCUAGGUUCGUGGCUGUCUCUAAUGACGCUUUGGCUUUGCUUGGGCUGAACGCCGAGAAGGUUCUGAACGACCCGCUUGGCCCAAAGUAUCUGAGUGGCUCCAAAGUAAUGGCAGGGUCCGAGCCUGCCGCCUACUGCUACUGCGGUCACCAGUUCGGCUCGUUCGCCAGACACGAGGGGACGGGGCAGCCUGCUAUCUGGGUGAUGUAAAGGCUCCAGCUGACCAGAGGCCAGAGCUGCUGCGGGAGAACCCCAGUGGCGGGUGGGAGAUUCAGGUCAAGGGAGCUGGUCUGACUCCCUACUCCAGGUGGGGCAGUUUACACAGUAUUGCAUAAGCAUGACUUUCUUUAAUGAAAUCUGUUUCCUCAGUCUAUUUCCUCAGUUUUUGGCUAGCAUUGUGUCUUGGCCUAUAUUGUUCUUCAUAUGCAGUGCACAUUCUGGAAGCACAGUAUAUGGAAUUAUGAAUACACGUUUGUAUAAUUAAUUCUCUCUCAUUCCCAGACAAGCUGACGGCCGUAAGGUGCUGUGCUCCAGUAUCAGAGAGUUUCUGUUCAGCGAGGCGGUGUUCGCUCUGGGGGUGCCCACUACCAGGGCAGGGUCACUGGUGACCUCCGACAGCAAGGUGGUACGAGACGUGUACUACAGCGGGUACCCCACCAAAGAGAGGUGCUCUGUGGUCCUCCGCAUCGCACCCACCUUUAUCAGGUUACUAUCACAUCCUAUCCAUUGGCCACUGCAGUAGGUUUAAAAACAAAAACAAAGUGUUGAUAGAGUGAUUCCCAGUUUUGACAAAAUUACAUGAACAAUAUGGACAUUUGUCACUGAUCAUUGUGUGUGUGCAGAUUCGGGUCCUUUGAGAUCUUUAAGGUGGCUGAUGAGAACACAGGCUGGCAGGGACCCAGCUAUGGCCAUGAUGAGAUCAGAGGUCAGAUGAUGGAUUAUGUCAUAGAGAGCUUCUACUCAGAGAUCCAGCAGAACCACACAGACAGAGUGGAGAGGAAUGUGUCAUUCUUCAGAGAGGUAAUCAUGGACACCACUAGAUUCAGUGAAGCAUCAAUCAUUCAUUCUGAAUACAAUAAUGCUCUGAUACGAAUUUGAAGGAAUAUGGCUAUCCUUUCUGACAGUGAAACUACUUUGUGUCAAAGCAAACUGUAGGCCUACAUUGGAGCUCUCUCUAUCCUUCACCUUUUUGUUGUGGAGCCAAGAACACUGCUAUCCUCUUAUCCUGUUCAUCCCUGCUGUGACAGGAAGUCAUAAUACAGUGAGAGUGUGACUGCCUUAGCACACACUGCUAUUAAUUCAUUAUCUUCUCUAAUGCUAAAUGGUAUUAACAAAGUAGUAACAUGUAAGAUGUUAUUGUUUUGCGAUUAACUAUGCAUUGCUAAGCACAUUCACAUCCCUCGUCAAGAUUAUCAAAAGCACAGCAUACGAUCCCAAAAUAUUUUUGCCUAACCCAUCACCUAAGCAAGAUAUGACUGAAACCAGUAGACUCAAGUCCUCUCCUCUUGUCCAGUCUGACACUUCUCUGUGUGCGUCUGUGUCUUGGUGGUAGGUGAUGCUGCGUGCUGGUGGCCCAGUGGCAGUGUGUGGGCUUCUGCCAUGGAGUCCUCAUGGACAGGUACAGUAAUUUACAGUACCUAACAUACUGUAUACAGGAUAAUCUUAGAUCCACAUUAUUUCAAACAAGGAUCUGGCUUUACACUGUCUAUUUCUUCCUCUCGCUUGUCAGCAGGUUUGAUCCUGACUUCAUCUGCAACGCCUCAGAUAACUCAGGCCGCUACACCUAUCAGGCCCAGCCGGCCAUCUCCGCUGGAACCUGGCUCACCUCACCUGGCCGAGGCCCUGGACCCAGAGCUGCCCCCAGGCCGGGCGGAGUCUGUCCUGGAUGAGUACCUGCCCCUCUACAACACCUUCUACCCGGACAACAUGAGGAGGAAGCUGGGUCUGCUGAGGAAGGAAGAGCCAGAGGAUGAGAUGCUGAUCACUGAGCUGCUGCAGACCAUGUACAACACAGGUAGGGAGAGAAAGACACUACAUACUCAUUGUACAUAACAAAGCUAAGGGGAAUGAGGAGGGACAAAGAGAACUGAGGGAUGUGCCGCAGUACACUCAACACAGAUGCAUAAAAAGGAGACUCACAGUAACACCAUUCACACAAAACAGCUUUGACACUACACUAUGACUAAGCAUGACUGAUUUAAUCUCUGAUCAUUUCCUUCCUUCCCCAUUGUAGGUGCAGACUUCACUAACAUGUUUUGCUGUCUGAGCCAGAUUCCCUUUCCCACUGAGGGCAACGCGGAGGAAGAGGAAGGAGUCAUCAAAAUGGCAAUACCUCUUCCUGGAGCAGUGUGCCUCUCUGGAGGAGCUCAAGGAUGCCAACAAGCCCAGCAUGGACACACAGUGAGAGAAUAGAUUGACAUGAGCAGUGAGAACAGUUAAUGGUUUGUUUGAAGCUGACUUGAUCUUGGGUCGUUGAUGUUGGAGUAGCGGGACAUUCUCAUUGUAGACUAAAACUAUUUGGUCAAUAAUGCAGUAGUGGGCAUUAGGGGUGUGAACGUUUAAAAGGAAAUUGGGAUCCUUAACGUUAAGAAAAAUCCGUAACUGAAAAACAAUGUUUGUUCCUCCCCCAAAUAAAUUAAAUCACAGUGCAGUUAUCACAAAACAAAUUAUUUUCUGUGUUAUAGUCAAUUUCCGCAACAACUAAGAGCAUUGAAGCACGAGGCUCAAUUUCUCAGCUGUUUGUUGGUGCCCUGGCUACCACACUGAACAGCUUGAAGCGAACCUGUGCACGUACGCAGAUACUGUGUGAGAGCGGAGUGUUGCAUCUCGCUCAUCUCAGUAUCCUAGCCUAUUCAUUGAUGAUAGGCCCUUCUUCACUGGUUGCGAGACAUUGCAAGCCAAGAAAUUGCGAGAUACAUCAUUCCAUUGCGAGAUACUGUACAGCUUUUGAUUGCCGAUAAAUAGGCCUAGUGCACGGUUCUGACUCUGUCAGCCUGGUGGCCGACCUGCCUAUACCCUCUCUGUCCCUUGCUAGCUCGCAAUGAAAGAUGUGAGUGUUUGUGUUCUCGGAAGUCACGCAAUUAAUCAGUAUCCUCCGUUCCAAAAAUACUGAAUCUUAGGAGUCGAUUCCUAGCUGAAUCUAAUCUUGACACUUGGAAAUGGGAGUCGACAAUGGGAGUCGAUGUGCAAGGAGUCAAAUAAUCAAUUAUUUUGGAGUCGACGCUCCACCACUAUGUCAUCGUCGUUAACUGUUGGAAAAAUGGCAGAGAAAGGCAAGUGACAGCAGUGAAGUCCUGUAUGACAAUACUUUGAGAAGUUAAAUGAGAAGGAAAUACAAACUUUGUGAGGUGGAAUUGUAGUACAUUAAUGGUACUACAGGUGCAACGCUUAACCAUCUGAAAGGGACGCACCGUGAGACCCACACCAUUGCUGGCAACAGCAUUGUAAAUUCAUGUGGAAUUUUAAGAAUUUUUCUUAUCGUUUUAAGGGGAACCCCCCCCCCCACCCCACAGAAAAUGGCUGUUUAAACAUUACAUUUACAUUUUACAUUUUAGUCAUUUAGCAGACGCUCUUAUCCAGAGCGACUUACAGUUUAGUGAAUACACAUAUUUUUUUAUACUGGCCCCCCGUGGGAAUCAACCCCACAACCCUGGCAUUGCAAACGCCAUGCUCUAUCAACUGAGCUACAUCCCUGCCGGCCAUUCCCUCCCCUACCCUGGACGACGCUGGGCCAAUUGUGAGCCGCCCAUGGGUCUCCCGGUCGCGGCCGGCUGCGACAGAGCCUGGAUUCGACCCAGGAUCUCUAGUGGCACAGUUAGCACUGCGAUGCAGUGCCUUAGACCACUGCGCCACUCAGGAGCAGGGUCUAAACAUAAAGAAAAAGUUUCCAUUUGUCACAUCCCUAUAAUCCAUUGGAUGGACGUCGUCCACUGACCUAAGUGUUUGUCUGUUAGUCUUAUACAGUGCAUUUGGAAAGUAUUUAGACCCCUUGCUUUGUCCACAAUUUGUUACAUUACAGCCUUCUUCUAAAAUAGAUUAAAUAGUUUUUUCCCCCCUCACCAAUCUACACACAAUACCCCAUAAUGACAAAGCAAAAACAGGUUUUUAGACAUUUUUAAAAUAAAAACUAAAAAGUAUCACGUUUACAUAGGUAUUCAGACGCUACAAGCUUGGCACACCUUUAUUUGGCUAGUUUCUCCUAUUCUUCUCUGCAGAUCCUCUCAAGCGCUGUCAGGUUGGAUGGGGAGCGUCGCUGCACAGCUAUUUUCUGGUCUCUCCAGAGCUGUUCGAUCAGGUUCAAGUCUGGGCUCUGGCUGGGCCACUCAAGGACAUUCAGAGACUAGUCCCGAAGCCACUCAUGCGUUGUCUUGGCUGUGUGCUUAGGGUCAUUGUCCUGUUGGAAGGUGAACCUUCGCCCCAGUCUGAGGUCCUGAGUACUCUGGAGCAGGUUUUCAUUGAAGAUCUCUCUGUACUUUGCUCCAUUAAUCUUGCCCUUGAUCCUGGCUAGUCUCCCAGUCCCUGCCGCUGAAAAACAUCCCCACAGCAUGAUGCUGCCACCACCGUGCUUCACCGUAGGUAUGGUGCCAGAUUUCCUCCAGACGUGACGCUUGGCAUUCAGGCCAAAGUGUUCAAUCUGGGUUACAUCAGAGCAGAGAAUCUUGUUUCUCAUGGUCUGAGAGUCCUUUAGGUGCCUUUUGGCACACUCCAAGCGGGCUGUCAUGUGCAUUUUACUGAGGAGUGGCUUCAGUCUGGCCACUCUACCAUAAAGACCUGAUUGGUGGUACUGCAGAGAUGGUUGUCCUUCUGGAAGGUUCUCCCAUCUCCACAGAGGAACUCUGGAGCUCUGUCAGAGUGACUGUCGGGUUCUUGGUCACCUCCCUGACCAAGGCCCUUCUCCCGAUUGCUCAGUUUGGCCAGGCGGCCAGCUCUAGGAAGAGUCUUGGUGGUUCCAAACUUCUUCCAUUUAAGAAUAAUGGAGGCCACUGUGUUCUUGGGGACCUUCAAUGCUGCAGAAAUGUUUUGGUACCCUUUCCCAGAUCUGUGCCUCGACACAAUCCUCGGGGCUCUAUGGACUAUUCCUUCGACCUCAUGGCUUGGUUUUUGCUCUGACAUAUACUGUCAACUGUGGGACCUUAUAUAGACAGGUGUGUGCCUUUCCAAAUCAUGUCCAAUCAAUUGAAUUUACCACAGGUGGACUCCAGUCAAGUUGUAGAAACAUCUCAAGGAUAAUCAAUGGAAACGGGAUGCACCUGAGCUCAAUUUCGAGUCUCAUAGCAAAGGGUCUGAAUACUUAUGUAAAUAUGGUAUUUCUUUUUGUAUUUUUUAUAAAUUUGCAAAAAAUUAUAAAAACCUGUUUUCACUUUGUCAUUAUGGGGGUAUUGAUGAGAUUUUUUUAUUUAUUUCAUACAUUUUAGAAUAAGGCGGUAAAGUAACAAAGUGGUAAAAAUCAAGGGGUCUGAAAACUUUCCAAAUGCACUGUAUCUCUUUAGUCUCUGCCUCUUCCUUCGCUUUCUCCUUCCUCUCUGCUUCUCCCUUCUAGAAAAAAUUUUAAUCACAUUUUUAUUGACAUUUUGCAUUGAAACACCACUCUCCCUUCAGUGAGUUGGCCAUGCUGCUGCAUUUGGCCCAGAACAACUCGCCCCUGUUCCAGAUGAUCUCGGAACGGAGGACGAUGGCCAUGCAGCUGGAGAAGCUGGGCCGGCUGAAGGAGCAGCUAGAGGCCGACGAGGAGGUGGUUAAGGCCAAGCACAGGGAGGACUGGGCCACCUGGGUCACCUCCUACAGGUCAGAAAUAAGUAAUGUAGUCUUAAUUACAUACUUAGUCUUACAUAACAUACCCCUUUCUCAAACUCAGUGUUUGACACUAGGCGACUUACUCACCCCUCCACCACCAGUGUGUAUAUCCCUAGCACUCACCUGCUCUAGAAAUAUAGCAUGUCCCUUCCGUCUUCAAGAGAGCGAGAGUUGCACCCCUCCUCAAAAAACCUACACUCGAUCCCUCCGAUGUCAACAACUACAGACCAGGAUCCCUUCUUUCUUUUCUCUCUCAAACUCUCGAGCGUGCCGUCUCUAGCCAACUCUCCUGCAAUCUCUCUCAGAAUGACCUUGAUCCAAACCAGUCAGGUUUCAAGACUGGUCAUUCAACUGAGACUGCUCUUCUCUGUGUCACGGAGGCUCUCCACACUGCUAAAGCUAACUCUCUCUCCUCUGCUCUUAUCCUUCUAGACCUAUCUGCUGCCUUUGAUACUGUGAACCAUCAGAUCCUCCUCUCCACCCUCUCCGAGUUGGGCAUCUCCGGCGCUGCUCACUCUUGGAUUGCGUCCUACCUGACAGGUCGCUCCUACCAGGUGGCGUGGCGAGAAUCUGUCUCCGCACCACAUGCUCUCACCACUGGUGUCCCCCAGGGCUCAGUUCUAGGCCCUCUCCUAUUCUCUCUAUACACCAAGUCACUCGGCUCUGUCAUAUCCUCACAUGGUCUCUCCUAUCAUUGCUACGCAGACGACACACAAUUAAUUUUCUCCUUUCCCCCUUCUGAUAACCAGGUGACGAAUCACAUCUCUGCAUGUCUGGCAGACAUACAGUGAGGGAAAAAAGUAUUUGAUCCCCUGCUGAUUUUGUACGUUUGCCCACUGACAAAGACAUGAUCAGUCUAUAAUUUUAAUGGUAGGUUUAUUUGAACAAUGAGAGACAGAAUAACAACAAAAAAAUCCAGAAAAAUGCAUGUCAAAAAUGUUAUAAAUUGAUUUGCAUUUUAAUGAGGGAAAUAAGUAUUUGACCCCUCUGCAAAACAUGACUUAGUACUUGGUGGCAAAACCCUUGUUGGCAAUCAAAGAAGUCAGACGUUUCUUGUAGUUGGCCACCAGGUUUGCACACAUCUCAGGAGGGAUUUUGUUCCACUCCUCUUUGCAGAUCUUCUCCAAGUCAUUAAGGUUUCGAGGCUGAUAUUUGGCAACUCGAACCUUCAGCUCCCUCCACAGAUUUUCUAUGGGAUUAAGGUCUGGAGACUGGCUAGGCCACUCCAGGACCUUAAUGUGCUUCUUCAUGAGCCACUCCUUUGUUGCCUUGGCCGUAUGUUUUGGGUCAUUGUCAUGCUGGAGUACCCAUCCACGACCCCUUUUCAAUGCCCUGGCUGAGGGAAGGAGGUUCUCACCCAAGAUUUGACGGUACAUGGCCCCGUCCAUCGUCCCUUUGAUGCAGUGAAGUUGUCCUGUCCCCUUAGCAGAAAAACACCCCCAAAGCAUAAUGUUUCCACCUCCAUGUUUGACGGUGGGGAUGGUGUUCUUGGGGUCAUAGGCAGCAUUCCUCCUCCUCCAAACACGGCGAGUUGAGUUGAUGCCAAAGAGCUCGAUUUUGGUCUCAUCUGACCACAACACUUUCACCCAGUUCUCCUCUGAAUCAUUCAGAUGUUCAUUGGCAAACUUCAGACGGCCCUGUAUAUGUGCUUUCUUGAGCAGUGGGACCUUGCGGGCGAUGCAGGAUUUCAGUCCUUCACGACGUAGUGUGUUACCAAUUGUUUUCUUGGUGACUAUGGUCCCAGCUGCCUUGAGAUCAUUGACAAGAUCCUCCCGUGUAGUUCUGGACUGAUUCCUCACCGUUCUCAUGAUCAUUGCAACUCCACGAGGUGAGAUCUUGCAUGGAGCCCCAGGCCGAGGGAGAUUGACAGGUCUUUUGUGUUUCUUCCAUUUGCGAAUAAUCGCACCAACUGUUGUCACCUUCUCACCAAGCUGCUUGGCGAUGGUCUUGUAGCCCAUUCCAGCCUUGUGUAGGUCUACAAUCUUGUCCCUGACAUCCUUGGAGAACUCUUUGGUCUUGGCCAUGGUGGAGAGUUUGUAAUCUGAUUGAUUGAUUGCUUCUGUGGACAGGUGGUUUUUAUACAGGUAACAAGCUGAGAUUAGGAGCACUCCCUUUAAGAGUGUGCUCCUAAUCUCAGCUCGUUACCUGUAUAAAAGACACCUGGGAGCCAGAAAUCUUUCUGAUUGAGAGGGGGUCAAAUACUUAUUUCCCUCAUUAAAAAUGCAAAUCAUUUUUUACAUGCGUUUUUCUUGAUUUUGUUGUUGUUAUUCUGUCUCUCACUGUUCAAAUAAACCUACCAUUAAAAUUAUAGACUGAUCAUUUCUUUGUCAGUGGGCAAAUGUACAAAAUCAGCAGGGGAUCAAAUACUUUUUUCCCUCACUGUAUCAGUUUGGAUGUCGGAUCACCACCUCAAGCUGAACCUCGGCAAGACGGAGCUGCUCUUCCUCCCGGGGAAGGACUGCCAGCUCCAUAAUCUCGCCAUCACGGUUGACAACUCUAUUGUGUCCUCCUCCCAGAGUGCAAAGAACCUUGGUGUUGCCCUGGACAACACCCUGUCGUUCUCCGCUAACAUCAAAGCGGUGAUCCGAUCCUGCAGGUUCAUGCUCUACAACAUUCGCAGAGUACGACCCUGCCUUACACAGGAAGCGGCACAGGUCCUAAUCCAGGCACUUGUCAUCUCCCGUCUGGAUUACUGCAACUCGCUGUUGGCUGGGCUCCCUGCCUGUGCCAUUAAACCCCUACAACUUAUCCAGAACGCUGCAGCCCGUCUGGUGUUCAACCUUCCCAAGUUCCCUCAUGUCACCCUGCUCCUCCGCACACUCCACUGGCUUCCAGUUGAAGCUCGCAUCUACUACAAAACCAUGGUGCUUGCCUAUGGAGCUGUGAGGGGAAUGGCACCUCCUUACCUUCAGGCUCUGAUCAGAUCCUACACCCAAACGAGGGCACUACGUUCAUCCACCUCUGGCCUGCUAGCCCCCCUACCUCUACGGAAGCACAGUUCCCGCUCAGCCCAGUCAAAGCUAUUCGCUGCUCUGGCACCCCAAUGGUGGAACAAGCUCCCCCACGACGCCAGGACAGCGGAGUCACUGACCACCUUCCGGAGACACUUGAAACCCUACCUCUUGAAGGAAUACCUGGAAUAGUCUAACAGUAAUCCUUCUACACCCCCCCUCCCCCAGUGGUGGUUGUCCCACUGGCUAUCCUAAGUUGAAUGCACCAAUUUGUAAGUCGCUCUGGAUAAGAGCGUUUGCUAAAUGACUUAAAUGUAAAUGAGAAAUUCUAGGCAUGGAGAAGAGCAGUUUGGUCUAGUGUUUGCACUAGAGGUGUUUUUAUUCUGUGCCAGCCUGUUAUCUGAGUCAUCCAGGUCUGUGUUGUGACUGGUGCAGGAAGCGUCUGGCUGGGGAGGUUGAGGGCCAAAGGGACGUCCAGGCACUGCAGGAGGAGAGAGUGAAUGUGAUGAACGGCACCAACCCACGAUACGUCCUCAGGAACUACAUCGCCCAGAAUGCAAUAGAGGCAGCCGAGAACGGAGACUUCUCUGAGGUCAGGCUCCGAUCCUUUCUCCACGUGUUCUUCGUUAUUCUGUAAUAGGGACCAAACUUUCAAUACCGCUUCCCUUUUGACUUUCAUUUGCAUUAUUCCAAACAACGAUGUCACCAUUACAGAAGCAUUCUCACAAUGGAAAAAACAUGCUCUCUCUCCCUUAACUUGCUUCUCUGGAUUUCCAUCUCAUAGUUUUAUCUUUCUCCCAUCGCUCUGUGAUCUGUUCCAUAGGUCCAGCGGGUCUUGAAGGUUCUGGAGAAGCCUUUCUCUACCCAGCCAGGUCUGGAGCAACCGAGAUGGCUGGGCCAGGGGGGGGCGGAGCAGCAGGGGGCAGAAGCGGCAGCAUCCCGAAUGCGUGUUCCCUAUGACAGCAAGCGCCCUGUUUGGACCAAUGAAAUCUGUGUCACCUGA